GUUUUAGACGCCCAAAUAUGGCUUUAAAUCCAAAAACUCUUUCUCAAGAGCAGCUUGCCAUUCUCGCGAGUACUCCCGUCAUUCCUCCUCCAAAUGGAACGACUUCAAAUUUCACGAAUCCAGAGACACGAGUACAACUGCAACUAGUGAUCACUUCGGUCUUGCUGGCACUAUCGUUGGCCUUUUAUCUGAACCGCGUUUAUGUUAAGAUUUGUCUGAUGAACCGAGUGUCUUGGGAUGACGCGACACUUCUAGUUGGAGUACUCUUAAGCGUAACGUACUAUGUCGCCUGUACAUGGGCCAUCCAAAAGGGGCACAUGGCACGCCAUCUCUGGGACAUCAAUCGUCUCCAGGCCUUAAGUCCAAACCUUCUCGUAACGACAUACCUCAUGUUCGUCUUACCACCCAUCGUGCUAGUAUUCCUCAAAGCCUCAUUCUUCAUCCUAUACCUCCAUCUUUUCGAAUCACUUCGAUGGGUCCGAAUCUGCUCUUGGAUCGGGCUAUGCUGUAUUACCAUCAUCCAUGUAGUCUUGGGGGUAUACUCUUUUACAGUCGCAAGUCCUUAUCGUGCUGAUACAUGGGAGCACAAAGCCCUCGAAGUUGGAGUCCCUGCAUCGCUUCUUGGUUUGAUCGUGGAUGUGUAUAUUCUCGUUAUUCCGACCAUUGCCAUAUCUAGGCUUAAUAUGUCACGAAUGAGGAAGAUUGGCACAUUGUUGAUAUUUCUUUCGGGUGUUUUGGCCUGCGGUUGCUCGGCAUGCAGCAUCUACUUUCGGUAUGCGUUGAAAAAUGAAAAGGAUAAAACUUGGACAGAUGUUCUUGUCAAUAUCGCAACACUCUCGGAAAUCCUCGUUGGGAUCAUGUGCGCAUGUGCACCAAGUGCAUCCUUUGGAGCCAAGCACCCAAAUUCGAUAUACCGCAUAGUCCUUCGAAAGAUUAUACCUGAUUAUAGAGCAUUGUGCUGGAGCUGGAAUGUCACUGGUGUUAACAGCGGCUUCUCAAUGCGCGAGGUAAGGCGCGGCUCUAUUGACGACGGACUAAAGUCUACGGAUCGAAAGUACAUGAGAUUCUUUACUAUGGAGAAUUUAAGCCAAGCAUUAAGCACGCCUCGCGAUCCAUUCGUCUCUAUCCCCAAUAUGAUUCAUGUAAAAUCGACACUGGAGUUAGGGUCGCUAGGUUAGAUUGUGGGCCAAGGUUUCGCGCUAGUUUCAGCCUUGCUUUGAC